AUGAACAAAGAACCUGUGGCUAAGGAAGUAAAAACUGAGAUGAACGAGGCCAUGCUGGACUACGCGUUGGAGACUACACGGAAAGCAUUUGAGCGAUACAACACAGACUCUGAUAUAGCGCAGUAUAUCAAGAAAGAGUUUGAUUCUCACUACGAUAGCACAUGGCACUGUGUGGUUGGAAAGACCUACGGCAGUUUUGUUUCAUACGAAAUUGGAAAUUUCCUGGACUUCGUCUUCAAUGAUAAAGCCGUUCUGUUGUUCAAAGCAGGCUAG